UGCAUUAGUCUAAUGAGAUGUUUGCAGCUGGAGAGCGGAGCUGCUGGAGAUGUACGGUGUGCUAACAGACAGGGAAAAGAUGGCUUGUGGAAUGGUCUGUGGGCAUGUGCUCCAAGUCUUCUACACUUUGGGCCAAAAUACCUGGUGUCUGUAAAGAAGCCGACCCAUCACUAAACAUAAGCAAUAGAUCCUUUCCUAAUGAAUCAUUUACCAUCACUGCCUCCAGGACUGGAUACUGUUGACAUGCAGUCUCCCAGAAUACCUGGUAGAAAAAGAGGAAGGCCCCCACUGCAUUCUACUCCUAUGAAAAUGGCUGUUCAUAAUCUUUAUUCUGCACCAGCUGGUUCUUUGCCAGUUGUGAAGAUCCCAAAGAAGCGAGGGAGGAAGCCAGGAUAUAAGCUGAAAUCUCGUGUUCUAAUGACUCCUUUAGCAAUCUCCCCACCAAGAAGCACACCAGAACCUGAUAUUAGUUCAAUCCCACAGGAUGCAGCUACAAUACCCAAUUCAGCAGCUCCACAAGCCCUCACAGUCUGCAUUUACGUCAACAAGCAAGCAAAUGUGGGGCCAUACCUUGAACGGAAGAAAGUGCAGCAACUCCCAGACCACUUUGGACCUGAAAGGCCUUCCAUGGUGCUACAACAAGCAGUCCAGGCCUGCAUUGACUGUGCACACCAGCAAAAGACAGUCUUCUCACUUGUCAAGCAGGGCUAUGGAGGUGAAAUUGUGUCAGUUUCUGCUUCUUUUGAUGGGAAACAACACCUAUUGAGCCUGCCAGUUGUAAACAGUAUUGGUUAUGUUUUGCGGUUCCUCAAAAAGCUUUGCCGUAGCUUAUUGUGCGACAAUCUUUUCAGCAAUCAGCCUUUCCCACAAUACAGUACUUCUGAAAACCCUGAAGAAUACGAAAAUGGACGCAUGGAAUCAGAAACAGUUAUACCAGAAGAUUACUUGGUUGAUCCAGUGACUACAAAACACUAUAGUGUAGAUCCCUCUGAUUCUGCCUUCAAUUGUAUGGGAUCUGUGUAUUCUAUGAGGCAGAGUUCUGGAGAUGGACGCCAUGGUGGGGGAUCAUCUUCUUCCUGUGGUCAUCGUUCUGGUCAGAUAGCUUCUGGAGGACCAUCAACUGCUGGCCUGAGGCACCAGACAUCAAGCCCAACCCGAAAUGGAACCUAUCUGGAAGGAAACAGAAGUGCCUCAAGUCCUUCACCAGAAAGACAGGAUGCAGCUCGGCCCACAAGCAAGAAUCCUUUGACAUGGACUGUUGAUGAUGUGGUUUGGUUCGUAAAAGAUGCUGAUCCUCAUGCUUUAGGACCUCACGUGGAACUCUUCAGAAAACACGAGAUUGACGGCAAUGCUUUGCUACUACUGAAAAGUGAUAUGAUCAUGAAAUAUUUGGGCCUGAAGUUGGGACCAGCGCUGAAACUCUGUUAUCACAUCGAUAAACUGAAGCAAACUAAAUUCUGACAUUUUCUAAAAAUAUCUGACAAACCCAAUGUAAUUUGAGAAAGGAGACAGAAGGUAAUGUGUUGCCUUACAGAAACCUGUCUAUGUUCAAGCUGUUUCUCCUUCUUUUUGUACUGAGAACUUGAUCUUUAUAUAAGGGUACAUCUUUACCUUUUUUUAAUCCAACAGAGGGGGGUGGUGUUGUCUGUUUUGUUGGUCUGUGUUAAUUUCUUCAAGAAAUCUAUAAGGAUAAUUAUUUUGUAUUAUUCAUAUUGGUAUUAUUGUUAAUAUUAUUAUUGUUAUUUUUGUAAUCACAAGUGGAAAACCAGAAACAAAAACAAAAAGAACUUCACAACUUUUAGGGAAAGUGGUUUUUAAGGCUUUAGGAAGCCUUUCUCUGGGCUGUUUCACAUAUGCCUGUUUGUUAAUUAAUCAGUGAGCACACUGCAUUGUCUUUGUGAGCUAUCACAGUUGCAGGACUUUCAUAUCAUUUCCAGUGCAGGGCUGUUUGGUACAAUCAAUUAAGACUUACAUCUGCAAAUUGUCAGUUGCUAACUAGUCUGGUGGUGUGCGCGCAUUUGGGAACCAACUCAGAAUCUAAUUCUGUUUUGCCAACAGUUACCAGCAUUCCCCUGACAUUAGAGGCCCAACUUUAUUUCUCCAAGUUGCCUGGAAUGGUCACAGAAAAUAUUCUGGGAUUACAAUAGUAGGACUGCUGUUCACACAAAUGCUAAUGUGCAGCUACAUAGGAGACACACCACAGAUUUGUGCAUAUUCACAUGAUAUCCAGUCCCUGAAUCCAGCAAUUGUGCUGACCUUCAUAUUAUUUCCUACUUUCUGCAUUAGCACCAUGAUGUGCUAGCAAACAUAAUGAUAGGCAUGAAAUUUUCUAGACUUGUAAUCUUAAAAUACCCAGGGGCAACAAGCUGUUUUGUAAUGUGAUGGGCAGGCAGCAUUCCUCUGGUUGAAAGCAAAGGUGAAAUUGCUUUCCAUUGGCUUCUGCAAAAGCGUGGUCAUUCAUAUAGAGAUUAGGAAAAUGGCUAAGGAUCUCAGUCUAGCUAUUGCCCACACAAGCUGGAUUCCAAAGAAAGGCUACCACUAAAUAUCUAGACUAUCAAGGUUGCACACUCCAUGAUGUUUGAACUUGUUGUGUCAUUUUCGUGUCAAAUUAUUCAAACAAGGGCUCAGCCUAGUAGCUAGUAACUCUGUGGUUGUCAGCAAUCUUUCCCAAAGCCCUCUAGUAUCUGCAGAGAAAGGGUGGAAGACCUCUCAUUUCACAGGUAUAGGAGCUGAAGACAACCUGUUAUAAAGAGCUUUGGGGUCUGCAUAAUCUUUCUUUGUUCCAAAGCAUAGUGUAAGACAAAACUCCUCCACCAUCAUAUUCUCUGAAAUUUGAAGUGAGCUCAGGGGAGUGGAGGAGACCUUGGCCAAGGCAAGUGCCAUCAGUUGGCAAUGUAUGAAAUCUGUGGAGGUCUAAAUGAAACCUCAUGUUAAUAACGUUCCUUUUGUAGCCACAUUUCUCAUUAAGUGGCCUGAAUGCUGCUGCUGUUUGGUUAAGUAAGCCUAUACUGAAUGUAUUUAUUUGAUGCUAGCACAAUAAUAGCAGGAUGAUGAAAUAAGAAACAAGAGGUCUAGAGGUGUUUCCAGUAAACUUUCUGUGCUAUGUCAUAUGAAAAACCGUGGUAUUGUGUGCUUUCAAGUAGUUUCUGACUUA